UGAGGCGGCCCUUUUGGAUUCCUGCCGUUGCUUUGUUGAACUUUUACAAUGGAUCAAACGAACGAUGAACCGAACGUAACAUAUAUUACUUUUGGCGGCCAUGUUGAAUUGCAGAAAUACCGCUUCCUGUACUUUGUGAUGACAUCCGGCGUGUACGUCCUCAUACUCUGCAGCAACUCGACCAUCCUGUGCCUCAUCUGGAUCCGGAAGAGCCUCCACCAGCCCAUGUACGUCUUCAUCGCGGCUCUGCUCCUCAACUCGCUCCUCCUCAGCACCAACGUCUACCCGAAGCUCCUCAUCGACCUCUUAUCCGACCUGCAGGUUACAUCUUAUUUGGCGUGCAGAAUUCAGGCCCUGAUUUAUUACUCUUUGUGCGGUUCUGAGUUCCUCCUCUUGGCGGCCAUGGCUUAUGACCGCUACGUCUCCAUCUGUAAACCGCUGCGAUAUCACACCGUCAUGAGGAAAAGGACAGUGACCGCCCUGCUGGUUCUGGCGUGGCUCCUGCCAUCCUGUCAGCUCGUGCCGUCGCUUAUUCUAGGCGACGGUUUCAAACUCUGCAGAUACACGCUGAAUGGGAUUUUUUGCAACAACGCCGUCACCAAGCUUUCCUGCAUGACCUCGGCAGGGCCCUACAUUAUAUAUGGCGUGUUCCUUUUAGUUAAUACCAUAUUCGUCCCCUUGGCGUUCAUCCUUUUCACCUACUGUAAAAUACUCAUCAUAUCCUACAGAAGGGGCCCGGACGUCAGGAGAAGGGCCGUGCAGACCUGCGCGCCGCACCUGCUGGUCCUCGCUAGUUUUUCGUGUUUGUGUUCGUACGACGUCAUCGUGGCCCGACUGGAAGUCGACUUGCCCAAAGCAGCGCGCUCCGUCAUGACUUUGCAGGUGGUUCUGUACCAGCCCCUGUUUAAUCCAAUAAUCUACGGCCUGAAGAUGAAGGAAAUCCACAAACACCUGAAGAGGCUUUUCAGCCGCAGCAGAGUCUGCGCUUCUGUUGCGCUGAUCGAUAACUGAUAGUUCAGUUCAGGCUACGAUAUAAAUAAAUAUCGUAGAUGUCUUAAAAUAGACGACAGACCCAGAUCCGGUCUCACUAGUGUAAUGACCAAGUUAUUUAUUGUUGAACUGAUUCUUAUAUUUUGUUAGUGUAAUAAGGUUUGUAAGAGUCAACAUUAAACUAGGUCUUGUCAUAUUCUUUUACUGUAAAUCAUUAAUAUAUCUUAUAUUUUUUUUGUAUUCUUAUAGUAAGAAUUAAUUCUAUUAGACUGAGUCAUGAUAUUCAUUUAAAUUCGUAUUGCAUUUUGUUCCACUAUGCUACACAGUUAAGACAAUGUGACAUUUCAUAGCUUGGUUUUCAUAAGUUCCUUUCUUACGUGAAAACGUCUUCUAAUGGGGACGUUUAUUGUUUGCCUGUGUUUUGAAAAGUUUCCUCUUUUUUUCUUAAAGACUUGAUGAAAAAAUAUCUCUGCGCGUCUUUGCUCAUUCGUGACAACCGCCGGUUUAAAGUUGCUUUUGAGCCACAAGGGGAACAUUGACCAACAUAUUUGCUGUGUGUUGAUGAUUUGUGAAGACGGCUUGUUGCUGGUUUCUCAAUCAGUGACUGCAUGUUGUUUUUUAUGACCUUUUAUUUCUGUGUUUUUAUGCUGCCUUGCUGCUGAAAUGUGCUUUACGAAUAAACCUGAUUGAUUUUUGGAUUGAUUGAUUGAUUGAUUGAUUGAUUGAUUGAUUGAUUGAUUGAUUAACUUGCAUGUACUGUGACCUCUGGUUAAACUAAUAUACUUCCUGUUGGCAGAUGUUAUUAACUGGAGUCACACAUUCAUAUUUAUUCAUAGAUUAUUGGUAAGUUCAAGAAAUGUUUGUAAAAUGAACAGACCUUAAAUUAUACUACAAGCUGCAAUGAUGCGGUAAAAUCAGUGUUACUAACGUCGGCGUUCAGUGGUCAUAAUGUUAUGCCUGAACAUUCCAGUUGCCACAGUUAAUGUACUGUAUAAUGUGCUUUUUUCAGAAACACAUAGAUCUUCCCAAUUAAUCAAUAAAAACAUGUUACUUGCAAGAAUAUUUGUUAGUUUUCACCAGAAGGAUUUAUGUCAAACUUCAACAUUUUAAAGCCGUUUAUGAUGAAGUUAUCAUUUUCACAUAUAAGCAUAAGUAAACGAAGGUGAUGCAGAACGUUAUGUCCUA